AUGAAUGGGGUUGUUGAAGCAGCCAACAAGAACAUGAAAAGUAUCUUGGAAAAUAUGACAAAGACCUUUAGGGAUUGGCAUGACAAGCUUUUGUUCACAUUGUUGGCCUAUAGGACCAUAGUUCAAACCUCCACAGGGGCUACCCCUUACUCUUUGGUGUACGAAAUGAAAGCUGUAAUUCUGAUAGAAGUUGAAAUUCCAUCCUUAUGGGACCUAAAAGAAGCAAAAUUAACUGAAGUAGAGUGGAUACAAUCCAUGUACAAUCAGUUAAAUCUGAUUAAAGAGAAAAGAAUGGCCGCCAUUGCCCACGGGCAGUUGUACCAAAGAAGAAUGAUGAGAGCGUUCAAUAAAAAGGCUGCUACAGGACUCGUGUGGGGUUUCAGGGGAGCAGAGAAGGGGUUGAGGAGCUCUGCUGCUGUAUGGCUGUGUUGGUAUGGUCCUCGGGUGGCUGGUGAAGGAAGGAAGACAGUCGGUUGCUUAUGGAGUCUUGGACGGUGGCUGGAGCAGAGGGUUUGA